AUGCGACUUCCGUCGUCAUCGGUCGGUCGCGCACGCUGCCAACACCAGGACUGGUUCGACGACAACGACGCCGCCAUCAGAAAUCUGCUUGAUGAGAAGAACUGCCUACACAAAGCCUACGUAGAUCACCUCACCGAAGACAACAAAGCUGCUUUCUACCGCAGUCGCCGCCAGGUUCAGCAACGACUGCGCGAGAUGCAGGACGCCUGGACUGCUCGCAAAGCUGAGGAGAUCCAAGGGUACGCUGACCGCAACGAAUGGAAGAACUUCUUUUCUGCGAUCAACGCUGUCUACUGCCUGCCGACGAAGGGCACUGCUCCUCUCCUCAGCGCCGACGUUAGCACUCACCUGACUAAGAAGACGCAAAUUCUUCAGCGAUGGGCCGAGCAUUUCCGAGGCGUCCUCAACCGUCCGUCCAUAAUCUCCGACGCCGCAUGUGGAGACAAACGUGGACCUCGACCUCCCGCCAUCUCUCCAGGAAACCAUCAGGGCCGUGCAGAAGCUGUCCUGCGGGAAAGCACCCGGAUCGGACGCAGUCCCUGCUGA